AUGUCAGUGGCCAAAAAAUCCUUAUUUCAAUUACAAGACCUGAUUCUGACGAUAUACAUCCCCCCGCAGCUCCGUCUCGUCAAAGACGGCAAAGACGACAACCCCGAGCGCAAGACGUUCCUGAAACGCGUCAACAUCGACAACCCGCACGCGCCCAUCACGGUCUACAACGACGUCGACGACGAGCCCUGUCCGCCGAUCAAGAAGCACUUCAAGUUUGUCGGCUCGCUGUACUACCACCCGACCGUGGUCCCGCCGGACCCGAGCCUCUAUGUCGGCUGCAGCUGUCCCGGGGGCGUGUGCGUGGAGAAUGAGUGCGAGUGCGCGGUGCCGGGACAGGGGUUUUCGUAUCUUGAGGGGGGGAUUUUGCAGUAUUCGGGAGACGAGGUGUAUGAGUGUAACGAUAACUGUGCGUGCGGGAGUAAUUGUCCAAACCGGGUCGUGCAGCGAGGGCGGCAAGUCCGUCUACAGAUCUUCAAGACGGCAAAGAAAGGAUGGGGCCUCCGAUCCCCGGAAUUCAUACAAGCAGGCCAAUUUGUCAUCGCAUACUACGGCGAGCUGAUCACGCUCGCAUCAGCCGAAGACCGCUCGUUUGUGUACGAGAAUCUCUCGCGAGGAAGUAUGUCGUACGUCAUGGACCUAGAUUUCUUCUUUGACAGCGAGGACGACGAGGGCGGCGCAGACUCGCUGCCGCCGCCCGAGAAAAAACAUUCCAUCGACGCAACAACCUACGGCAACGUCGCCCGCUUCGCAAACCACUCGUGCGAUCCCAACCUCGUAAUCGUCUCCGUCUUCAAGAGCAAGAACGUGACGAACCUGUACGAUGCCGCGUUCUUCGCGGUCAAGGACAUCGAGCCGCUGACCGAGCUCACGUUUGAUUACAUCGCCGGGAAUUCGAUGGAGGACGAGGAAGGUGGUCGCGCGGGGGGCGGGGCAGGCGGGGAGGGGGUCUCGCGGUCGGCGUUGCAGUUGCAGGAGUGUUUUUGCGGGGCGGAGCGGUGUCGCGGGAAGGUGUGGCUUAAGAAGUGA